CUUUUUCUUCGAACAUGAUCUUUCUCGUGAGUAUCGGGGGAGAAAGUCGUUAUUUGAACCUCAAGGUAACUAAGGUCCGAUAAGCUAUUACUGAGCCAUACGUCAACAAACUCUUGUCAUGACGGAUCCUCCCGAACUCUUACACCAUGAAUUUGUCGAAUUUCAAUUCUUCUUCCCCAAACAAGCUCUCGUGAUACCCUUGCAAAUUGUUGCCACGGUCUUUCUAAUCGCCGUCAAUCAACAUCUUGGUACAAAACAACCACCUACCUCAUACAAGCAUAACCAUGGACACAACAUCAUCCACUUUGACAUCCUCCACCUCCACAUCCACCACUCACCCCACACAAAUAUGCCACGCGCCCUACUCCCGCUACGACCCUGCCGCGUACCCCGCGCUCCCCGCCGAGAUAAUAGUCGUAAUCACGCUCAUGGUGAUCGGGUUCUUCAUUCUCAACAUGGUAUCUCGCGAACUACAUCGCGAGGAGAAGAUUGCUAUUGCGGUUGGCGAAGGGUGGACCCGCUGAUCAGUUCAGAGAAAGGUAUAGGAAGGAAUGUGUUAGGGUUAGACUGGUGCAGCCGAUAGAGGGGAAUAGGAGGGGUUGGUUCCGUUGAUGGGGAAAUUGGUUGGACGUAAUAGCAUUUG